AUGUUUAGCGACGACUUGCGGGACCAACGGCACCGCUCUGGUGGAUUCAUCAUCGCGUUUUUGUUGAGUAAAAGACAUAGAGAUGAGGAAGCCUUUGAUACCUGCAAAGUCUGCUCAAACGAGGUACAUGGCAACGAUGUUCCUUCCUCAAAUUCUCAAUCGAAGUUUCGGACUGUACGAGUAAGUAGCCCAACUUGGAAGGCGAAUGCUGCCUUUCCUACCUUGAACAAAAUAGCCUCCUUCUCUCUUUCCUUUCCUUUUCUUUCCUUUCCUUUCCUUUCCUCUCUACUCCUUGUCGAUCAUCCUACACUCUUCAACGCUUCUCAACGGUCGGACAACGAAGAAACACACGUUGAAGAAACGAAGCGCCGUUUUUUUUUGUGUGUGUUCAAUCUUGCUGUGGCCCGUUUCGCUUCCUCGAAUCUCAGAGACUUGGCUGUCGUUUCUGCCCCAGAAUCCCUGAAGAUCAUACACGGAACUCGGCCGGAACAUAGUCGCAGGUACAUUUCCGGCACAUAUCGCCGCCCCCUGAUCCUAAAUCGCCCACGCCCCCCUGAAGUCCAGUCUGGACACUUUGGACAAGAAAUCAAACGCGAGACGGCGCACCACGGUUCGCCUGGGUUGCCAUUCCUAAUUCCAUCAUCAUUGGCCUGUUCAGCCACCGUUGAGGCAGGCAACAACAAGUUUGCUUUUGCUCCUCACGAGACGAGAAAACAGGACAUUCAAGCCACGGCUGGCCGUUCGUCAUCAAGCAGUCUUCUCUUACACGGCGGCCCACCCGGCUGCUGCAGACUUGUGGUCCCCUUUCCCAACCCCUGGUCCAGGCUUGUUCUCCUCGCUACGCCGGACGAAUACCUUGACCCUGGAUUCGGUCCUCCACAAGUGGUGCUGCUGCUCAGUGCCGUUGCCGUCCUUGGAGAGAUGUGUAAAGCGACAUUGUCGGGUUCGUGCUGCCUGGGCGGCCUAUUGAUCACAUCACCAGCGUAUUACACCCUAGAGACGAUACUACGCAAACCACGGGCUCAGCUGCCCCCUUGUCCGUAUUAUCUCGCCUGCAUUGAUCAUCGCGCCAUCCGUCCCGGACCCCCAUCAACAUUAGACCAGCCAGCUCCAGCUACGGAUACAGCUCGUCGGUGCAGCGGAGGUCUUGGAGAAGUUUGGACCAGAGCAGAGCGAUCUUUUGCCGUUGUCAGCAUCGAAUCCCAGUUGCAUCUCAUUCUUUCGUGGGAGCCGUGCCUCAUCAAUCCACCGCCCACGAGUGCCCCCGAACAAACAAAAACCCCGUAUCCCCGUCCGUGUGUGUCUCCCUCGAUUGGACUCGCCGCCUGUUGUUCAGCCCAGAUUCCUGCAGAGGUCGAGACUCAAGACUCUGGACCCAGCUCUCGGACGGCCAACGGUACGGCGUCCUCACCUCGAAGGACGAAGAAGCUUGCCGCCAGCCUGUCUUGUCUGAUCUUGGGGCAGGAUCCAUCAGUCGAAGGUAGAUUAGAACUGAGAUCUCGCCGAUCACCGGCGACUCAAGGGUACGAAGUACCUUACCUCUCCACGACGUUCAGCAUAAUCUACGAAUCUCUGCUCAUAUGUACGGACACGCUACGGAUACAGCUACGGGUUAAUCGAGCCAGUGUCUCCCGCCUUGGUCCCGUCAGUCAGUCAAUCUCUCUCGCUCUCUCGCCUACUCCGCAGUGGGCCACACCCCCGGCUCCACGCGCUGCAUCUGCAUUCUCGCAUCGACAAGCCAAAUUGCACACUCGGCGCCUUCAACUAGGUUGCUUGAGGAUUUCCGGACCAGAUAAGCGUGGGCAAACCACGGCGGCAUCGGAUACAUGUUUCCAAGUACUCUAUCGGCCUGCUGUUUAUUUCCGCAGGUUGUUUAUCCCAAAGUGCUGCAGCACCUGUAUCGACAGAAGCAGCACAACCGCAUCCACGAUCCACUCGGUUCUCGGUACACGCAGUCUGGGAGAACUUUUGACCAUUCAAAGACGGUCACUUUGUGCUUGUCUGCUUUACGGCUUGCCCUACCUUGGCCAAGCCAGAGGUAACGUCAAGUACCUCACCUUGAGUUUGGUGCCAUUGCAACAUCAACGACUCUCCCUGUCGUGCCUGUGGCCAGCCGUCGGAGACCAAUCGCAAACCGCCAUUCCAACACGCACACACGAGCAACGCACACACCAACCGAGGCACCUACGGAUAGAAGCUAGGAGCGACAAGGACAAGAACAAGAACAAGAAGCACACACGCGACAUACUGCAUACACCAUUCGUCCCGACUUGUAUCGACGUUUCGAACCCCGGGGACUUUCUGUACUCCGUACCCAGGGCAAUCAAUCGGUCACUCACUCACUCUGUCAUUCAUCUUUGCCUCCACCGUCGAUACUUCUCUCCGCGCGCCCAGUUCAGCCCAUACUUUGUCGACCGUCAGGUCGUGUCAGGGUACCUGUUAUUCUCUCCCGCCAAGGUGCCCCGGUACCUCAGCCCUCUGAACGCACGCAUAAACCGUCCAUUCAAGACGUCUGCAAACGAACAUUUAGCUUUUUUGUCAAGCCGCACAUCACAUCAUUUGGAGACGAACGCUCUUCGCUCGCCCACAUACGCACAAUCCCAAAAAGAACGCAUAGCCCCCUUUGGUACUCUGCUCUGUGACCUGUCGUCAUCACCUGUCCAAACUUUCAAUAUUUGUACCUCGGUGGAGAGGAACAGAGAAGCAGACAGCCAACAAAACCAGGCCAACCGCGAACGAUCCACUCGCACACAGACACAUUCGACUGUCGAUUCCUCGCAAGACAGGAGUACAAGAUUUGGUAAGUUCGGCGCAAAGUCUCGUCUCUCGUCUCUGGGUUGGAUCCAAUAG